AUUUCGAGGAGCAGCAGGACCAGCAGCAGUUUCCCUUCACCGAAGAUGCCUCGUCGCAGCGCAGCCGCGUACCGUGCUCUCUUCAUCGCCGCCCGUGCUCCGCCAGUUGCACCAGCACCAGCCCCAGUACCUGCACCCGUACCAGCACCAGCACCCGUACCUGAGCCCGAGGUCGUCGCCUCUGGUGGCGGCGAGGAGGAGGAGCCUAUGGACACGGGGUCCCCUACGCCUACACCUUCAGCUCCUACACCAGUGGCGGUACCAAUCCCGCAGGCUGCCGCUCCAGUUCCACCUGCACCUGCACCACCUGCACCUGCACCACCUGCGCCUGCACCCCACGCGUCGACGGGUUCAGCACCGACGCCUCAGUACCCACAGGUUGUUCCGGAGAUGGGAUGGACCUCCAGGAACAAGUUCAUGGAGGCGGACGAGGACGCUCACUACCACACUCUGCUCACGGGUGUGUUGGCGAGCUACUACCUGGAGUUUGCUGCCACCGUCCGCUACCUUUGCUCGGAGCACAAGCACCCGUUGGAGAACACCUACUGGAAGGCCGAGGUGAUCAUCACCGCUCGGAACAACGUCGACAACUCGGAUGAGGUGGAGUCCAUCCACGAGAGCAGGGUUAGACGUGCUUCCGCCUACGAGAGCAUGGAGGAUGCAGCUCAGGCCGCGUACUUUCACUACCAUGGCCGCCGUUUUGAGGCCAUGCAGGAGGAUAGGUACCGGUUCCUUCCCCGCAACGACCCAGAUGGCAGGACAUGGCAUGUCCUGGCACCCCCUGCCGGUGACCCUACCCUGGAUACGACGGUGAGACACGUCAGUGCCAUUCAGGAGAUGAACGUGGCACUGAGGCAGGAGCUGCGUGUUGCACAGCAGGCGGGGAAGCGCCUCCAGCGCCAGGUGGAUGAGCUGCGUGGUCAGCUUGGACAGCCACCUAUCUACAAGAAGAAGCCCCGCAAGUUCGUUCUGCAGGAUAGAGCUCCCUAGAUUUCCCAGUACCUUCUAGUUAGACGCUAGCGCGAGUAUUUCAGUAAUGUGUGGCUUGUGAACUUUAGUGAGUUGCUGUUUGUGUUGAUGAACAAUUAUGAUUUGGAGUUUUGUUUGAUUGUGGAAACAUGUGGGCCUGUCCGCAUGUUUCUAAACCUUAAUCUUAGAAGUAAAUGUUGUUUAAAUUCGAGGUUGGGUUACUUUA